UUAAAUGGUACUAUUAUAGAAAGACAAAACAGAUUGGAAGUAUCUCAUAAGUCUCAAUGACUCAUAUCACAUUAACAUAUUAUGAGCUGUAAGUCUCCUCCUUAUGUUCCUCACCCCACUUUAUCCAUCCCCAAACUCUUUUUUCUUUUUAAGUACUCUUAAACUUUCUUUUUCAAGUCAAUCAAAUUCAACUUCCACUUCAAACACAAGUCCACAAUUAAGAAUUCAUCUUGGCAAAUUGCAAAAAUAAUAUUGCGUACAUCUAAUUUCUCUGUCAAUCAAUAAAAAUGAUAGCGGAUCCAAUCAAGAUUUCUGCUUGCUUCUCAUCUGGAGCAAGUUCAACUGACGACCAUCAAUAUAGUGCUGUGACUCGAGCAGGUCAAAGUGUGAUCAUGUCAAUAUACAAAACCAAGCUAGGUAAUCACAGUCGUCUGAUUACCAUCACAUGGUGCAGGAACCACCUGCUACUACACGGAUUAUCCAUGUGUAUAUCCAACCUUUCUAACGAUGCAGACGAUUCUGCAUCGUCAGAAAGUGCUGACCAAUACAAUUGUAAAGUGGAACUAAAGCCAUGGUACUUUUGGCGGAAACAAGGGGCAAAACAUUUUACCAUAAAUGAUGGUAAAAAGGUAGAUAUUUAUUGGGAUUUGAAGUCUGCAAAAUUUAAUAAUAAUGAAACAGAACCAAGUUCAGAGUAUUAUGUAGCAUUGGUUUAUGAAAACGAGGUCGUUUUAUUAGUUGGUGACAUGAAAAAUGAUGCUUAUAAGAAAACAGGUUGUAGGCCUUCCCUUAUUGAGCCUAUAUUAGUCUCAAAAAAAGAGCAUAUUUUUGGUAAAAAAAAGUUUAUAGUUAAGGCUAAGUUACAUGAAAAAGGUCGAUUUCAUAACAUUAUGGUCGAGUGUGACAAUACAACCGAGUCAGAUAUAGAGAUGGGUGUAAAAAUUGACGGGAAAUUAAUGAUUCAUGUUAAGCAUUUACAAUGGAAGUUUAGAGGGAAUGAAAGUAUAUAUCUUAAUAGGUUAAGACUAGAAGUUUAUUGGGAUGUACAUGAUUGGUUGUUUAGUCCUGGAUUAAGGCAUGCUUUGUUUAUUUUUAAGCCUUUUAUUCCAUCUAAUUCAAUUAUUGGUUUAUCACCAUUAUCAUUACCAUCAUCAUUGUCAUUAUCAACGACUCCAUUGUCAGCACAAAGUGGGAGCUCUGAGUCGUUAUUGGUUGAUGGGUUGUCUCAGUUUUGCUUGUUUCUCUAUGCUUGGAAGGUUGAGUAACAAAAUCAAAUCAUCCUCUAAUGAUCGGACGGAGAAGUAUACAUCGAAGCACAUAUUUUCGACUCAUAAGUCAUAUGUAUAUGAGGGUUGAGGGGUGAUCAUGCAUGAUGUCUUAGCUUUCUCUUUAAUCUCCACCAACGCGCUAGAAUGAAGAAUAAUAUGUAGGGUGUAAUAUGCAUCUGCCUAUUGAGUUCGCCCAAAAAAUACAUCUAUUUUAAGAUUUAAAUAGAGCAAACUCAAAAAAACAAGAGAAAAACGACAUAAAAACUUGAGUGGGAGGCACAUGGGAAGGUAUAAAGAGGGUCGCAAGACAAAGAGAAGGAGCUGGAAAAAGGUAUCUAACACCUGGGAAUAGUCCUCAAGUGGGCAAUAAGACAGGACAGAUUGGAUUUCAUACAACUAACAACAUGGGUCAUUUAUUCUUCUUACCUCAAGGCAUCUAAUUUCUUGUAUAUAUUUUUGUGUCUGUUUUGUUUUCUUUUGUUCCAACCUUGAUUGGGAAUAAUUUCAGUCCCAUGGUUUCUAUAUUGGUGAUAAAAUCAAUAAUUUUCAUAAUUCAUAACUGCCUGAAAAACUUGGUAGUUAAUCAUUUACUAUAUUAUAAAUAUACAUCUUUCAAUUUUUUUU